CACUAUAUCUCGCGUCCCCCAGGAAUUCGUCGAUAACUUCAUCGACGUCUUCUACAGGGAUCAUGUCUUCAUCCUUUACCUCAGGCGAAGGCGGCGGAGUAUUCUUAUCCAUCUAUUGGAAAAUUAUUAUUAAUCACAGAUUAUGGGAAUGCGCUUGGAUAGGAUGUACGAGAUGCUGAGGAAAAUAUUGAUCAAGUAAUACGGCUUCACGAGCAGCUUCAGAUCUUUUUGAAGGACAUUUUGUGCGAAAUCGGAAAUUGGUGAGAAAUUACGGCAGCAGGUUAUACACCUUUCUGUGAGAUAAACUGCAAGAAGGAUGAAGUUCACCAAUUUUGUAGGAAUUCUGUUCCUCUUUGAAGCUUGUUUGCUUAUUGAUGCAAUUGAUGCUUCCAAUACCUUACCUGUGAUAGUGAUUACCUGGAAUUAUACAACUGCAAUCGAGAAAGCAUGGGACGUGAUAUAUAAUCAGAAGAGAAGUGCUCUAGAUGCAAUAGAAGAAGGAUGCACUCUAUGUGAGGAGGAACAAUGCAGAAAGACUGUAGGAUUUGGUGGCAGUCCGGAUGAGGAUGGAGAAACUGCACUGGAUGCUAUGAUUAUGGAUGGAGUGACAAUGGAUGUAGGCGCAAUAGGAGGAUUGCGAAACGUAAAGAGUGCUAUUUCAGUGGCUCGCAAAGUGCUGCACUACACAAAACAUAGUUUAUUGGGCGGGGAACUGGGUACGGAGUUCGCCGUGAAGAUGGGAUUUAAGAAAGAAUCUUUAACGACAAAUGAAUCUUUGAAAAUGUGGACACAGUGGAAAGCAAAUAACUGUCAACCCAAUUUCUGGAAGAAUGUUGCACCAGAUCCAACAACCAGCUGCGGACCGUAUGCGCCGAAGAAUGUAGAAGAAGAAAAUGAUAAUUACGAAGAAUUGACAGGAAGCGAGGAAAAUCACGAUACGAUCGGUAUACUCGCAAUAGACUCGCAGGGACGUACGGCGGCCGGCACUUCCACAAACGGCGCCAACCAUAAAAUACCCGGCCGCAUCGGGGAUUCUCCUAUUCCAGGAGCUGGAGCAUACGCUGAUCAAAAUGUUGGCGCUGCGGCUGGUACUGGUGACGGGGAUAUUAUGAUGCGGUUUCUGCCGAGCUUUCUGGCUGUAGAGGAGAUGCGUCGUGGAGCAACACCAUUUGCAGCUGCCAGGACAGCGAUUAACAGGAUCAGCGAACACUAUCCCACAUUCUUCGGUGGGGUAAUCGCUUUGAACAAAAAGGGAGAAUUCGGUGCUGCAUGUAAUGGAAUGAAAGAGUUUCCAUUUUAUGUCGCAAAUCAUAUCUCGGGGCCAAAGUUACUUUCAACUGAAUGCAGUAAUUAUAAUCCACAUUGCUAUCAGGAAGGUGAAAACUGCUGAUUUGCAUUUACUAUUUUACUACUUUACAUUUAUUUUAUUUUAAGCUCAUUUACAUGUGUCUUGAUCCUCAUCCUCACCUUAUGUGUCUCCAGUUUUCCAAAACAAUAAAAUAAGAUGGAGAAUCAAUGCAUAGAGUUAUUAAAUAAUAUAAUAAGGUGAGCGUUUCUAUAAUGAUGUAAAUAUAUAAAUAUUAUAUAUUAGACUUAGCAAGCAUUUGUAUAAAUUUAGUACAAGUGUUAAAAGUGAUAUCAUAAUACAUUAUAAUAUAUAUAUAAGUAAAAAUAGAAUUACAAAUCCA